CGAUAGCGGCUUAUACGUACAUAAAGGCAGCUCGUGUUCAAAAUCUUUAUCAUUUCGAAAAUCGAUGAACAGGUACUUUAGCUCUUUGCUUCGAGGUACUUUUUGCAUUGCAUAAGAAAUAUUAGCCUUGAAUUAAAUUCUAAAGCAUUUAACUAGACAAGAUUAGAAAGAGAAAACCUGGCUUGCUUGUUAUUUGAUUUUCCACUCAUAACAGCUCCGGCCAGCCGGUCCUGGAGACAGGAUUGAUGAAUCUGAUCAGAGAAAUGUAAAGCGAUAGCACGUCGGAAGCCGUCCACUCACUAGCUAUGGAUAUCGUCUCCAUUAUUUCAAAGCUUUCCACUAUUUGAGUGAGUGAGCAGGGCUGCAAGAAUCAUUCGAAGGUUUUAAAGGAUGGACAACCAAACUGUAGAGGUGUCCUCACCAUGCCACUCGCUGGGCCAAAGUUUUUUGGUGUGUGGUUUGAUCUUCAUUGCUGGAACACUUCUUCUAUCAGUCACUUUCAACGGUCUUAUUCUCUUGUCUUUUUAUCUGGACGCGACAUUGAGGACACUCUCUUGUGCUUUCAUCAUCAAUCUGGCUGUCACUGAUGUUAUUUCAUCUAUUAUUCUUAUCCCAAUGGAAAUAAUCUAUCUGGUGCACUUUCCGUGGAUCCCCUUCUCUGGAACAGUAAACAAUGUCUGGAAUGCAGUUUUCUUGAGCCUUCUUGCGGCGUCAAUCUUGAACUUCACCGCAGUUAGCUUGGACCGUUAUAUACGUAUUCGCUAUCCCCUGCACUAUAUGUACUACCUCACCCAAGAACGGGUGAUGCAGCUACUCAUUUUUAUCUGGAGUUACGCACUUGUUAUUGGCGUCUUAAUGUUCUUUGCCUUCGAUGAACCUGUCAAUGGAGUUUAUAGUUUCCAAAUCAGUGCGCUCUUUUUCAUUCCAUUUCUCCUCAUUAACGUCCUCUUGCCAUUCUGUAUAAUAAUUGUACUUUACAUACGUAUUUUUCGCAUUAUGAGACGCCAUAUGCGAUGCAUAAAUGUUCAAGUUUCGGCAAGAAUUCGAGCCUGUCAUUUUGUCCCCGUUCGAAGGCAAAAUAGUUUGCUGCAGAACUUGAGCUCAAGUAAAACAGUUUGUCUUGUUCUGUUUGGCUUCUCGUUGACCUGGUUUCCAUUCUUAAUCUAUCAACUGUUUUACAUGUAUAGCAAGCAGAGCGAGUGUCUUUUGGACAAGUUUGACACCGUAAUUUGCUGGUUAACGUAUUUCAGUGCUGUCUCCAACCCAGUUAUCUAUGCUGCUAGGGAGAAACGAUUCAAAAAGGUCAUUCUUCGUCUCCUCGACAACCCAGGAAGAUUUAACUGUUUUGCAAACUGUUGCAGAAAUGGCUCCUUCCGAACAAGUACAAGUAAAUGAUGUACAUGAAAUUUACGAAAGAAGUUAAUUUAUUCACCAAAAAAUCUUGAAAAGAUGAUAGGACAAUCCAGGACUAUCCAGAACAAUCCAGGCGAUUCAGUUGCAGUUAUCAACUGUCGCUAUACAGCUAUCACUUGCUAGAAAACUGACAGAUUCUUUAUAAGUAUAUUAUUAUUUGGUACGAGACAAUCUCCGGGAACUGAAGACCGAGAAGCACAAAAGUUAGUCGAAUUCAACAAUUAAUGACUUUCAUAAGCAUGUUAAAAACAUGCUAAUAAAUGCAAUAUGUUAAAUAGAUUUUUGUCUUUGAAAAAUAAUGGUGAAGGAAUAGAAAACUCAAGAUAUUUCCGCUCCAUAACACAAACAGGUGGAAAAAUCACUCAAAAAUCCACUGCAGCUCUUAU